AUGACUUCCGGCAUGAUCGACACUCACUGCCAUUUGGUGGACAAUAAAUUCAAAUCAGAUGUUGAUGACGUCAUACAGCGAGCGAAGCAAAGCGGUGUGCAAUGUGCCGUCGUGUGUCCUGAGUAUGCAAAUAUUGAAGAGAGAAGAGCAGAAGUACUGGCUGAAGCUGCAGAGGCGGGGAAAAGCAUCCGCUAUGCCCGUCGAGACUUCGCAAGUCGCAAGACAAGGACGACUGCUCUCCUUAACCCGAAGGGAACAACCAUUGCAUCGAGAAGGGGGAUGGAGAAAAUCAUCUACGACUUCUACUCCGAUCUCUUCGACAGCCAUGUCCACCUGCCUCCUCACCAUCUGAGGGAAGACGGACAUGUCAUUCCAGAGAUUCUCCCGUCCGAAAUACGACAUGCUAUCAUGUCGGUAAGAAAUCGUACGGCACCCGGUCUCGACAGAAUAAAACCAGAACAACUGAAGAACCUUCCGCCAGUACUCAUCAACACGCUGGCGAGGAUCUUCACACGUUACCUGUCGGAAUGCAAGGUUCCUAAACAAUGGAAAACCAGCAAGAUCGUGUUGUUGUAUAAAAAGGGAGAUCCACAUGACAUCGGCAACUAUCACCCAAUCUGCUUACUGUCUGUCAUCUACAAGCUCUUCAUAAGAGUAAUCUUUAAUAGGAUUGAAAAGGUCUUGGAUGAAGGACAGCCAUGCGAGCCAGCAGGGUUUCGAAAAGGACUCAGCACGAUUGAUCACAUUCACACUGUUUCGAAACUCAUCGAGGUAUCACGAGAGUACAAGAUGCCGCUCUGUCUCACCUUCAUCGACUUAAAGAAGGCCUUCGACUCAGUUGAGACGGAAGCGGUCGUGGAAGCCUUGGACAACCAAAGCGUCCCUACUCAGUACAUAAAGGGUGAUACAAUCUCACCCAAAAUAUUCACAGCCACCCUCGACAACGCAAUGCGAAAGUUGGAAUGGGACGACAUGGAGGUGAAGGUCGGCGGUCGGCAGCUACACCAUUUGCGCUUUGCUGAUGUCAUCGUACUGAUAACGCCUCGCAUCAGCCAAGAGGAACGAAUGCUGACCGAAUUCGACGAAACAUGUGGAUGCAUCGGUCUUCAGCUGAAUCUAGGCAAGACGAUGUUCAUGCGGAACGGAUGGGUCUCGGAUUCCCCAUUCACGCUCAACGGAACGAACAUAUCCGAAUGCACCAGCUACGUUUAUCUAGGAGCGUACAAGAGCAUCGAGGAUGUAGUGAAGAAGACCAGGAACACCCGGCUCCGUGCUCACCUCUUCAACACCACCGUACUUCCUGCUUUGACCUAUGCUUCGGAAACCUGGGCAUUUCGCAAGCAGGAAGAAAACGCGGUCAGCGUCAUUGAACGCUCAAUUGAGAGAAUGAUGCUAGGAGUAUCCCGUUUCACGCAAGUGAAGGACGGGAUUCGAAGUUCUCUCCUACGUCAGCGAUCGAAGAUUAGAGACGCCGCCGCGUUUGCCAAGGAAAGUAAAAUAAGGUGGGCCGGACACGUGAUGCGCUUUAACGACAACCGUUGGACCAGAACCGUGAGCGACUGGGUUCCCCGUGAUAUUCAGCGCACUACAGGAAGACCGCCGACCCGAUGUUCAGAUUUCUUCACGAAGUCCUUCAAAGAAAAUUAUGAUGCUCUUCGUGUCCCACGCGAAAGGAGGAACCACUGGGCUACUCUGGCACGCGACCGGGACAAAUGGAAGAAUUACUGGCGCCCGCUCGACCAUUUCGAAGAUCAACGGGAGUCAAGGUUCAUGAACGCGCAUGCAGCCUUACAAUGGGGGCUAGCCGAUGUGCCAAGUCACUGUUUCUAUCCUCCCAGACAAGUCCGGUACCAAUUAGUCGACGCCGGAGAGACGAAUGGCUUGGUUUGCACUAGCGAGUUUGGCAGUGAAUCGUUAGUAACGGUAGUCGCUAGGCCAAAGCCCAACACGCCACAUAAAACUCGUGAUGCGUCAGAUCUGAAGGCCGAAUCAGAACGGCUGAAGAAGGCGCCGGUAGUCCUCAUCGACGCCAUGACAAUGCUUUACAGCAUGAGCGAGAAGAAAAAUAAAUCGGUCAAAAUUAGUGACAUAGAUGGCGUGCAGGCCUUCCUGGAGGAACAUCGCGGUGUGGUCAAGUGCAUUGGAGAGAUUGGCUUGGACUUCACACAACAUUACAAGAUUACUCCAGAUGAUAUCCUUGUGCAGAAGGAAGUUCUUCUCAAACAUAUUGGUUGGGCCAAACAAUUUCGCCUACCAAUGACAGUACAUUCUCGAUCUGCCACCGGGGAUACGGUCGACUUUCUCAUUGAGAACGCGGCAGAUCGAGUUGCGUUGCAUGCUUUUAACGGCACCCUUGAAGAAGCUCUGCGCGGAUUGCAAGCUGGAUUCUUCUUCUCCAUCCCUCCCUCUUUUACGACUGGAGAUCAUAAACGUUUUCUGCUUGAAGCAGUUCCUAUCGAGCAGCUGCUGCUUGAAACCGAUUCUCCAGUCCUGGGUCCAGUUCGAGGAGAACGGAAUGAGCCGGCCAACCUAAAGUUAUCUGCAGAUUUUAUUGCUGAGGUGAAAAAUCUGCCUGUGGAGGAAGUCAUCUCAGCUACUACGGCCAAUGCACGAAAAUUGUUGGGAAUCUAG